AUCUCUAUCUCUAUCCAUUCAUCCAUCAUUGGACAUUUGGGCUCUUUCAUACUUUGGCUAUUGUUGAUAGUCCUGCUAUAAACAUGGGAGUGCAUGUGUCCCUUUGAAACAGCACACCUGUAUCCUGUGGAUAAAUGCCUAGUAGUGCAAUUGCUGGGUCGUAGGGUAGUUCUAUUUUUAAUUUUUUGAGGAACCUCCAUGCUGUUUUCCAGAGUGGCUGCGUCAGCUUGGAUUCCCACCAACAAUGCAAAAGAGAUCCUCUUUCUCUACAUCCUCGCCAAUAUCUGUUGUUGCCUGAGUUGUUCAUGUUGGCCAUUCUGACAGGUGUGAGGUGGUAUCUCAUGGUAGUUUUGAUUUGUGUUUCCCUGAUGAUGAGUGAUGUUGAGCAUUUUUUCAUGUGUCGGUUGGCCAUCUGGAUGUCUUUUUUGGAGAAGUGUCUAUUCAUGUCUUUUGCCCAUUUCUUCACUGGAUUAUUUGUGUUUUGGGUGUUGAGUUUGGUAAGUUCUUUAUAGAUUUUGGAUACUAACCCUUUAUGUGAUAUGUUGUUUGCAAAUAUCUUCUCCCAUUCUGUCGGAUGCCUUUUAGUUUUGCUGAUUGUUUCCUUUGCUGUGCAGAAGCUUUUUAUUUUGAUGAGGUCCCAGUAGUUCAUUUUUACUUUUGUUUCCCUUGCCUCCGGAGACAUGUUGAGUAAGAAGUUGCUGCGGCCAAGAUCAAAGAGGUUUUUGCUUGCUUUCUCCUCGAGGAUUUUGAUGGCUUCCUGUCUUACAUUGAGGUCUUUCAUCCAUUUGGAGUUUCUUUUUGUGUAUGGUGUAAGAAAGUGGUCCAGGUUCAUUGUUCUGCAUGUGUCUGUCCAGUUUUCCCAGCACCACUUGCUGAAGAGACUGUCUUUAUUCCAUUGGUUAUUCUUUCCUGCUUUGUUAAAGAAUAGUUGGCCAUACGGUUGUGGGUCCAUUUCUGGUUUCUCUAUUCUGUUCCACUGAUCUGAGUGUCUGUUCUUGUGCCAGUACCAUACUGUCUUGAUGAUUUCAGCUUUGUAGUAUAGCUUGAAGUCUGGGAUUGUGAUGCCUCCUGCUUUGGUUUUCUUUUUCAAGAUUGCUUUGGCUAUUUGGGGUCUUUUCUGGUUCCAUACAAAUUUUAGGAUUAUUUGUUCUAGCUCUGUGAAGAAUGCUGGUGUUAUUUUGAUAGGGAUUGCAUUGAAUAUGUAGAUUGCUUUGGGUAGUAUCAGCAUUUUAACAAUAUUUGUUUUUCCUAUCCAGGAGCAUGGAAUCUUUUUCCAUGUUUUUGUGUCUUCUUCAAUUUCUUUCGUAAGCUUUCUAUGGUUUUCAGUGUAUAGAUUUUUCACCUCUUUGGUUAGAUUUAUUCCUAGGUAUUUUAUGUUUUUUUUGUGCAAUUGUAAAUGGGACCGAUUCCUUGAUUUCUCUUUCUGUCACUUCAUUGACGAUAACCAUAUGAUCCUCUCAACAGAUGCAGAGAAAGCAUUUGACAAAAUACAGCAUCCUUUCUUGAUAAAAACCGUUAAGAAAGUAGGUAUAGAAGGAUCGUAUCUCGAGGUCAUAAAAGCCAUAUAUAAACAACCUAAUGCUAAUAUCAUCCUCAAUGGGGAAAAACUGAGAGCUUUCCCCCUAAGGUCAGGAACAAAACAAGGAUGUCCACUCUCACCACUGUUAUUCAACAUAGUAUUGGAAGUCUUAGCCUCUGCAAUCAGACAACACAAAGAAAUAAAAGGUAUCCAGAUCAGCCAGGAGGAGGUCAAACUUUCACUCUUUGCAGAUGAUGUGAUACUCUAUAUGGAAAACCCAAAAGAUUCCACCAAGAAACUGCUAGAAUUGAUUCAUGAAUUCAGCAAAGUUGCAGGAUAUACAAUCAACACACAGAAAUCGGUUGCAUUCCUAUACACCAUCAUUUGUUUUUUGAGAUGAGUUAUAUUCAUUUUUGUUUCCUCUCUUAUAAACUGAUGCUUGAAAUUCAAACUUAUUUGGUUCAGGAGAUAUUUUACAUGUUUCAUUUCAGGGGCAGAUAGUUUCAUGAUUCUAAAAGGGAUGUUUUAACAGAGUUACUAAAGUGAUAGUUUUGAAAUUUAAUGAUAUAUUAAUAUGUAAAUGAAAAAAUUCCAACAAAAUUAAAUAAAUGGUAACAAUUAUUUUAUCUUUUGAUAUAGAUAGAAGCAAUUGACUAGUUGCUUAAAUAUUCAUAUGUUGUACAUGUACUUAUUUAAAUAUUUAAGUAAAUAUUUAAGAAAAAGUUCACAGUCCACAUUUUAGCCUUAUUUUGCCAGUAAUUAUUGUGCAGUGCUUUAGUUAGUCUGAAGGUAUUACAAAGGCAAAAAAAAAUUUUUCAAUGAUGCUUUUCUCUCACAGAGAAGAAAAUAAUGAUACUGUUUCUUCCUCUUUUGGUGAACUAUGAGGGGGAAGUUUGAAGGAAAUUGCUAGGUGGGAGUUUCAAAUAAACCACCACCUCAGAACAUACAAAGAAGCGAUUAUGGAAAAUUAGAAAAAUCUUCAGAAGAGAUUUAAAAUUGACAGUAUGAUUUUGACUGAUAGGAAUGUAAAUAACAUGAUCAAAAAGUUGACUUUUAUAUAGCAAAAUUCAUUCAACACUCAGCAAAUAUAUUGAGUACACAUAUAAAAAUAUGUGUAUAUGGCAUUGUGUUAGGUUCUGAAAACACAAUGAAAAUGAACAAAAUAGGUACAGUUCCUGCCUUCACAAUUUUAGAGCCAAACAAAGCUAUUACUAGCAGCUUUGGAGGGACAGAUAGCUUUGCCCUCAGAUCAACUCUUGAUGAAGCUUCUAGUUCUAUGUUAUUAAUGAUACAUUCCAUCUGGCUCUUGGUGGCUUCCUGUCUAAUUCAGUCUAUUUUUGCGCAUUAUUCCUGCAAAGCACUAAGAUAAGCUAUUUCUGCUUUGUUCAAGGAGAGUAUACACUUCCAAAAUGUAAAUAUGCCAAAUUUGUAAUUAUAGAUUUUUAAAAGUUAUCUGUUUUCCUCCUUUAAAUAUCUGUGUUCUGCAUCCUAUGGCAUAGAACCAGUUAUUUGAUCUCUAAGGUCCAUUUGAAAGAUAGAGACCCUUAAAAAGGCAAUCCUCAUAUAUCCUAAUAAGUCUAUGGUAAAAAGAAUAGAGUGCACUAAGUAAAAAUACAGGUAUGUCACUUAAUAAAGACUUGGGUGAGGACCAAGUUUCAAAUGAGAUGAGACCUGAGGGAAGGAGGACAAGAUCUCAAAAGGAAGGCAAAGGAAAACUUAGUUCAUUUUAAGGGUUGUUUAUUUUUCUUAAGGUCCAGCUGAAUAUUUUUAUUGAAAAGUAGUGACUCAGAGAUUUAAAAGCCAAUAACUUGUAUGAUAAUUGAGUCUGGUUAAGGAAAUGAAGAGGAAUUAUGGUAUGCCAGAGUAUUCAUAUUAUCCAUAGCAAAUCAGAAGCAUGCAUUUUCAAAUUAACAAAUGUGUUCUUCCUUUUGGAGCAUGGUUAUUCGGGAAUUUCUGUUUCCCAGCAUAGAUGCCAGAUGGCAGUAGCCACAGAUUGCCAGCCUCUGCAUGCUGAUAGUUGUCAACUUUGGAUGCUAAUGGAGUGUUAGAAGCAACUACUGCUGAGUAAUUUUUAAUUCCGUGUAUAUUAGUGAACAUCCAUUAUAUUCUAGUGAACAUUCAUUAUAUUCUAGGCACUGGGCAAACAAUUAUAAGUAAGCAAAUACUGAUUAAUACCUCUUUGGUGGAGCUUGAGGUUUAAUGUGGCUUUAAGAAACUGUGUGAGGACAAACUUUAUUCUCCCUUAAACCAAUUCUGAAUUUUCAUAGAAUCUUGGAUGCCAUAAUUGGAAUUCAUUGGGGGAGGGAGAUGAUAGGCAUAGAGAAAAUUAGUAGGUAGAUCAGAGUACCUUCUUUCUUAGACACAAGGUGAUGGGAAGAAGAAAGUGGGUGUUUAUUUCAUUUACAAUACUUCCCUCUGUGUCACUAUACAUCACUCACACUAGGGAUCUAAUCUGGCAGUUUUUGCAGUCCUAUCUAAUUAAAGGUCAUGCCUUAGAAUAGAAGACUUUGCACAUCACGGUGCUUUUUCAAUGGUGUGAAAUAUUUUCCAGCUAUUUAUGUAGAUUGAUAUAUGAAUGGAGCUUCCAUUUUGGUUCAGUAUUUCUGUUUAUCACUGAAAGUUUUGUUUCGUUUUGUUUUUCCAUGGUUUGCCUUAGAAAAUAGAUUUUAACCUGAAAGCAAGUUUAAAUAUCUAUAGGUCAUUUGUGCAAGUUAGGUCGUUGACUGAACAUGUUCAUUACAAGCAUUUUUUUCUUCUUAUGCUAAAAGACUUUUUAUUACUGAAAGAACUCUAGAGAACAAUACAAAUAUGUGCUCAAAUGAAAAGAUAAUUCAUUUGACUUUUGUCUUGACCACCAGAAGGAUGGAUUUGCCAUCAGCUCAGAUUGGGAAAUGUUAGGGAAGGAACUUAGAAAGUUUGGUUCGGUUAUGCUGAGUUGGAGAUGUCCACUAGCGAUCCAAGUAGAAAAGUUGAAUAGGUGGUUAAAGGUAUGAGUUUGGAAGAGAAGCCUAGGCUGGAUAUAUAAAUUUGACAGUCUUGGGCAUAUAGAUGUAUUACACAUUAAAAAAAUUUUUUUUAAUGUUUAUUUAUUUUUGAGAGUGAGACAGAGUGCAAAUGGGGGAGGGGCAGAGAGAGGGUGAGACCUAGAAUCCGAAGCAGGCUCCAUGCUCUGAGCUGUCAGCACAGAGCCUGAUGCGGGGCUCCAACCCAUGAACUGUGAGAUCAUGACCUGAGCCAAAGUUGGACAGUUAACCUACUGAGCCACCAAGGUGCCCCUGGAUUACACUUUGAGUAUAGUUAGAAAAGAGAUGAUUUUGUAAGUAUUUAGUUUUGAGAGAGAGAGAGACAGAGUGUGAGUAGGGGAAGGACUGAGAGAGAGGGGGACACAGAAUCUGAAGCAGGCUCCAUGCUCUGAGCUGUUUGCACAGAGCCCAAUGCAGGACUCAAACUCAAGGACUGCGAGAUCAUGACUUCAGCUGAAGUCAGACGCUUAAAUGACUGAGCCACCCAGAUGCCCCAAAGAGAUGAUUUUUGAGAAUAGAAGAGAAGGAACCAGCCAAGGAUACUCAGAAGGGGUAAACUGUAAGGUAGGAAGAAAACAAAGGGAAGAGUGCGUUGGAAGUCAAGUGAAGAAAGUGGUUCAGGAUGAAGAAAUGAUCAGCUAUGCCAAAUGCUAAUAGGAUACCCAAGAUGAGGACUGAUAUCUGAUUUUUUAUUUUGCCAUAUAUACAUCACUGGUGACCUUGCUAAUUGCAGAUUUGGUGACGAGGUGAAAUAGGCUUAAGAAAGAACAAGAAGUGAGAAUUGGAGUCAGUGAUUUCAGGUUUAUUGUUAGUAAGUGUUAUGGACUGAGUUGUGUCCUGCAAAAUUCAUUUCAAAACCCUAUCCUAGCACAGUACUUAUAUUUGGAAAUAAUUUAACAGGGUAAUUAAGUUAAAAUGAGGCCAUCAGAGUGGGCUCUUAUCCAGUCUGAAUGUGUCUUUGUAAGAAAGGAAACUUGAACACACCAAGGAUGCUUGAACACAGAGGAAAGACCUUGUGAGGACACAGUCAGCAGGUGUCACCUACUCUCCAAGGAGAAAGGCCUCAGGAGAAGUCAACGCUGCCAGCACCUUGAUCUUGGACUUCCAGACUCCAGAACUGGUACAAGUUGAAUUCUAUAUGAAUGAAAACACAUUUAAAGAGAGACUAAAGUUAUUUUUUAUCAAAAACCAGAGGUCAAGUCUAAGAAUUCGUCUAUUCAAUUUUUCUCUCAAAUUAUUAAGCUGUUUAUUAUACAUAAUCCGAGUGCUACUAGAAAACCCUUCACAAGGAAAUGAAUGGUCUCAUAUCUUUUGGGUGAACAGAAGUCUACCUUUAUGGGGCUUACAGGUUUCAGUGGCAUUGAUAAGUCUAUUUGAAACAAUACUACUUGGUUAUCUCAGUUAUAAGGGAAACAUCUGGGAACAGAUUUUACGAAUACCCUUCAUCUUGGAAAUAAUUAAUGCAGUUCCCUUCAUUAUCUCACUCUGGUUUGUUUUUCAGAUCUUUUGGCCCUCCUUAAGGAAUCUGUUUGUCCCAGUCUUUCUAAACUGUUGGCUUGCCAAACAUGCCUUGGAAAAUAUGAUUAAUGAUCUGCACAGAGCCAUACAGCGUACCCAGUCUGCAAUGUUUAAUCAAGUUUUGAUUUUAAUAUCUACAUUACUAUGCCUUAUCUUCACUUGCAUUUGUGGAAUCCAACAUCUUGAACGGAUAGGAAAGAAGCUGAAUCUCUUUGACUCCCUUUAUUUCUGCAUCGUGACAUUUUCUACUGUGGGCUUUGGGGAUGUCACGCCUGAAACCUGGUCCUCUAAGCUUUUUGUUGUUGCCAUGAUCUGUGUUGCUCUUGUGGUUCUACCCAUACAGUUUGAACAGCUGGCCUAUUUGUGGAUGGAGAGGCAAAAGUCAGGUGGAAACUAUAGUCGACAUAGAGCUCAAACUGAGAAGCAUGUUGUUCUGUGUGUCAGUUCACUGAAGAUUGAUUUACUUAUGGACUUUUUAAAUGAAUUCUAUGCUCACCCAAGACUUCAGGAUUAUUAUGUGGUGAUUUUGUGUCCUACUGAAAUGGAUGUGCAAGUUCGGAGGGUACUGCAGAUUCCAAUGUGGUCACAAAGAGUUAUCUACCUUCAAGGCUCAGCCCUUAAAGAUCAGGAUCUGUUGAGAGCAAAGAUGGAUGAUGCUGAGGCCUGUUUUAUUCUGAGCAGCCGUUGUGAAGUGGAUAGGACAUCAUCUGACCACCAAACAAUUUUGAGAGCAUGGGCUGUAAAAGAUUUUGCUCCAAAUUGCCCUUUGUAUGUCCAGAUAUUGAAGCCUGAAAAUAAAUUUCAUAUCAAAUUUGCUGAUCAUGUUGUUUGUGAAGAAGAGUUUAAAUACGCCAUGUUAGCUUUAAACUGUAUUUGCCCAGCAACAUCUACACUUAUUACACUUCUGGUUCAUACCUCUAGAGGGCAAGAAGGCCAGCAGUCACCAGAACAGUGGCAGAAGAUGUAUGGUAGAUGCUCUGGCAAUGAAGUAUACCACAUUGUUUUGGAAGAAAGUACAUUUUUUGCUGAAUACGAAGGGAAGAGUUUUACAUAUGCCUCUUUUCAUGCACACAAAAAGUUUGGCGUCUGCUUGAUUGGUGUUCGGAGGGAGGAUAAUAAAAACAUUUUGCUGAAUCCAGGUCCUCGAUGUAUUAUGAAUGCUACAGAUAUAUGUUUUUAUAUUAAUAUUACCAAAGAAGAGAAUUCAGCAUUUAAAAACCAAGACCAGCAGAAAAAAAGCAAUGUAUCAAGGUCAUUUUAUCAUGGACCUUCUCGAUUACCUGUACAUAGCAUAAUUGCCAGCAUGGGUACGGUGGCUAUAGACUUGCAAGACACAAGCUGUAGAUCAACAAGCGGCCCCACCCUGUCUCUUCCUACAGAGGGAAGCAAAGAAAUCCGAAGACCUAGCAUUGCCCCCGUUUUAGAGGUUGCAGAUACAUCAUCUAUUCAAACAUGUGAUCUUCUAAGUGAUCAAUCAGAAGAUGAAACUACACCAGAUGAAGAAACUUCUUCAAACUUAGAAUAUGCUAAAGGCUACCCACCUUACUCUCCAUAUAUAGGAAGUUCACCCACUUUUUGUCAUCUCCUUCAUGAAAAAGUGCCAUUUUGCUGCUUAAGACUAGACAAGAGUUGCCAGCAUAACUACUAUGAGGACGCAAAAGCCUAUGGAUUCAAAAAUAAGCUUAUUAUAGUUGCAGCUGAAACAGCUGGAAAUGGAUUGUAUAAUUUUAUUGUUCCUCUCAGGGCAUAUUAUAGACCAAAGAAAGAACUUAAUCCCAUAGUACUGCUAUUGGAUAACCCGCCAGAUAUGCAUUUUCUGGAUGCAAUCUGUUGGUUUCCAAUGGUUUACUACAUGGUGGGCUCUAUUGACAACCUAGAUGAUUUACUCAGGUGUGGAGUGACUUUCGCUGCCAACAUGGUGGUUGUGGACAAAGAGAGUACCAUGAGUGCCGAGGAAGACUACAUGGCAGAUGCCAAAACGAUUGUAAACGUGCAGACCCUUUUCAGGUUGUUUUCCAGUCUCAGUAUCAUCACAGAGCUUACUCACCCAGCCAACAUGAGAUUCAUGCAAUUCAGAGCCAAAGACUGUUACUCUCUUGCUCUUUCAAAACUGGAAAAGAAAGAACGAGAGAAAGGUUCUAAUUUGGCCUUUAUGUUUCGACUUCCUUUUGCUGCUGGGAGGGUGUUCAGCAUCAGUAUGUUGGACACACUUCUGUAUCAGUCAUUUGUAAAGGAUUAUAUGAUUUCUAUCACCAGACUUCUGUUGGGAUUGGAUACUACACCAGGAUCAGGGUUUCUUUGCUCUAUGAAAAUCACUGAGGAUGACCUAUGGAUCAGAACUUAUGCCAGACUUUACCAGAAGUUGUGCUCUUCUACUGGAGAUGUUCCCAUUGGGAUCUACAGGACUGAGUCCCAGAAACUUACUACAUCUGAGUCUCGAGAAAUAGCAUCACAAUCUCAAAUAUCUAUCAGUGUAGAAGAGUGGGAAGACACCAAAGACUGCAAAGAACAAGGUCAUCACCGAAGCAACCACCGCAACUCAACAUCCAGCGACCAGUCAGACCAUCCCUUGCUGCGGAGAAAGAGCAUGCAGUGGGCCCGAAGACUGAGCAGAAAAGGUCCAAAACACUCUGGUAAAACAGCUGAGAAAAUAACCCAGCAGCGACUGAACCUCUACAGGAGGUCAGAAAGACAAGAGCUUGCUGAACUUGUGAAUAAUAGAAUGAAACACUUGGGUCUUUCUACAGCGGGAUAUGAUGAAAUGAAUGAUCAUCAAAGUACCCUCUCCUACAUCCUGAUUAACCCGUCUCCAGAUACCAGGCUAGAGCUGAAUGAUGUUGUAUACUUAAUCCGACCAGAUCCGCUGGCAUACCUUCCAAACAGUGAACCCAGUCGAAAAAACAGCAUCUGCAAUACCACAGGUCAAGACUCUCGGGAGGAAACUCAACUUUGAUAAAAAGAAAAUAAGAGACCUUUUUUUUUUUUCCUACAAGAAUCUUGCUUAAACCAACUCUAAAUCUUAGGGGAAAAUAAGUGCUGCUGGCAUGAAAUAAACUCGAUCAGAAUAUAUUCCAUUCUCUCAUAUUAAAAGAAAUCUAUUCUCUUAGAAGUAUAGAUUAUUUUGAAAUUUAAAGUAUUGCUUCUUGGUACUCUUCCUAUUAAUAUUUGAAAGACAUCAAUGUAAUGAUUUUCAAAACCUAAAUUAAAAGACAAAAUUUAAAUUGGUUAUUUGUUUGACAAUAAUCCAAAGUGUAUGAAGCCAGUUUUUUAAAAUAUUAAGUUUUUAUGAAAGUAAGCGAAAAACCCAAGUAUAUUUGGUGCAUCACAAUGGACACAGAAGAUUGUUGCUCUUCUUAAAAGUUAAAUAGUCAUAUCCUUUAAACUUGCUGUUUUAUAAAAUUGAGCUCAUCAUCAAUGUCUAGCCUUCUCUACACAGAGAUUAACCAACAAACUUGUGUGGCUGACUUUUGUGUAAGACUCACAAUUUGCUUUAGCAUAUAAAUCUUUAAGUCAUUUUAACCUUUUUUUGUUGCCUUUCAGAUGAUAUCAUAUUCAUUUUAGUAUUUGAGAUGUUCAUAGCAUGUUCUAUUACACUGAAGAAACCAAAAAAUGUCAAGUACCUGAACUUUUUGCUAACUUUAUGUCCGACACACGUUGUUUGCCAAGAAAAGUGUAUUAAAAAGCAAAUAUUUAUUGUUCUCCUAAAAGAAUAGCUAACAGAGAAAAUACUUAAAGCCCAUAUGUUAAUUUAAAUUUAAGCCAAGCGUUGAAACAUUAACUGAAACAUGCAGUAAUGGUUUUCAUUAGGCUCUGGAGUUUUAACAUUUUCCUAAUCUAUAUAUCUUAUUUAGAAAACUCCUUUAAAAUUCAAAGAGGCAAAAUGAUGCUAUUUAUGGAAUACAAGGACAUUUCAAACAUUAAAAGUCCUCCUUUAUGCCUUUAGUAUCGAAACCUCAUACACAAAACAGUGGUAUCUUAAAAAAUUUGAUUUAAUUUUGAAAAAUCAUCUAUAGGAACUAUGUUUUCACACGGUGAGGAAAAACACACGUAACGACAAGUAGUUUUCGCCACUGAAGUUUAGUAUAAAUUAUGAAGAACUUGACAAUUAUCAAUUAAAUGUAAAUCGCUCCUUGAUGCCAUCAGUGCUGCUAUCUUACUGCUUUAUUUCUCUUCAGAAACAGACUGAAAAGCACAAGAGCAGUGUUUGCCAAGUAGUUGGAAUGUGUUACAGCAUUCCCAUGAGAGAGAGAAGGGUAAAUUUCAAAAGGUAUUUUUCUUCUAAUUUUGCAUUUUAAAAAUUUCUGGCCUUGACAUUGACUUUUAAUUCCACAGAAAAGAAGAUGUGUAAGACUAGAAAGAGACAUUUUCUUCUUUUCAUAAAGAAACAGAUAAAUUGGAAAGACAGUGGAAGAACUUAAAAAAAAACAUAGAGAAAGCCUAAAAUUCCCCGAAUAAUUCUAUGAAAAUGAAAAUGUAAAACCUAACAUGAAAAAAGGAUAGAUUAUAGCCAUUGUAUAAUUUGGCUUAGAGAAGAAGAAAUGCCUGUUUGUUAUUGGUUUUUAGUAUUUUCUAUUACUCUCAUUUUAGCAUAACAAAAACACCAAGAAUUUCUCCUAAAACAGAGAGAGCCUAUCUUUAAUUUUCUUUAAUCAGAUAAGAAAAUAGAGAAUUUAUAACAAGCUUCUUAAAAUUGGAAUUGUAUCUUAAAACGAAGAUUGUAUGCAUAUGCGUGCGUGUAUGUUGUAGACACAUGUGAAAUAUACUUGACAAAUUUACACAUGCACCUAUAAAUUAUUCAGGCUAAAGGCAGAAUUGGAUCAAUGUCUGUAAUGGAGAAUGACAAUGAAUUUAAGUAACUUAUUUUAUAUUUGCACAUAAAAAAUCAAAACUCAUAUACUUCUUUAAGUUGCCAUUUCAUUACUCCAUUACAGUUAUUUUUAGGAAUAAAUGUAAGAUUUUAUGAAUAUUCUAUUUCCCCACAAGAUCUCAAGUUCAGUAUUUUUGCAUUAUGACCAUUGUCAAGACUAGGACUUUACGCUAAGACAUGACUAUAUUUCCUAUAAAACUAAAAGUUUUGUUUCAUAAAUUUUACAAUGGUUAUUUUUGAUUAUGCACAUUAGUCCAAAUUUAAUAGUUGACACAAUUCAUAGCAGCUUGCUAUAAUAAUGAUAGUUUAUUAGUCUUUCUGUUAUUUAAAUAAUAGAAGAUGCUUAUAAAAGCCUUUUAACAAACUGUUGCCUUUUUAAAAUACUUAACUUGCACACAAAAGAAAACAUAAAGUCAGUAAUAGUCCUUGUAAUCCUAUGGGAAUCGGUUCUGUUUAUUGUCUAUGUACCAUUUUGCUACCAGUUACAUUGAAUUGCUUAAAAUAAAUAAUAAAAAUUAUUUCUGAUGGUGAAAACCCCUUGGUGCUUUUUGCCAAAACUUUAAUUGUUUAACCAAUUAUGUUUUGAAACCACAAAACUCCUUUGCCACUUUUAUAUUUCAAAACCAACAUAAACAUGAAGGUCUUCUCAUUGGAAAAGAUAGCCAUAAAAAACUGGUUGAAUUGCUUCUUAAUGUAAUAGUUUCUGAAUAACUAAUGUAGCAGGAAAAGAGGAGGGAGGAAGGAAGGGUCAGGGAUGGGAGGUGGAGAAGAAGUGAACAAAGGGAAGGGAGGAAAAGUAGAAAAUAAAAGGAAGGGGGAAAAGAACGAAUGUAGGUGCCACAAGAGAAUUUUUUUUGUGUGCAAAUCAGAGCCAAUACACUCAUUUAAAGGUCAGAAAAGCACUGGUUAAUGAAAAGAAAAAUAAUUUUGAAUGCAAAGAUAGACUUUUUGGCUCCAGGAAAAUGGAGCCUAUUCUUCCUGCUAAGUAUAGCUUAAAAAAAGAAAAAACAAAAAAACAAAAACACAAACA